CGUUCUCUCUGUGUAGCCGGAAGUAGAGGAUCCUCGCCGAAAAAUUAAACUAGGAAGAAGAGUGAAGCCGCGGCUAGGGCUUGGGUAUUAUUUUGAGUUAUUGGUCUCCUGUCAACAAGAUUAAGAAAUGUCGAAUAUGGAAAAACAUUUAUUUAAUAUGAAGUUUGCUGCAAAAGAGCUUGCCCGAAAUUCCAAGAAAUGUGACAAAGAGGAGAAAACAGAAAAAGCCAAAGUUAAGAAGGCAAUUCAGAAGGGAAAUAUGGAAGUUGCAAGAAUACAUGCAGAAAAUGCCAUCAGACAGAAAAACCAGUCGAUCAACUUCUUGCGCAUGAGUGCUCGGGUGGACGCUGUGGCAGCAAGAGUGCAGACAGCUGUGACAAUGAACAAGGUCACUAAAUCAAUGGCAGGAGUAGUUAAAUCUAUGGAUGCCACCCUGAAAAGCAUGAAUCUGGAAAAGAUUUCUGCCUUAAUGGACAAAUUUGAACAUCAGUUUGAAACUUUAGAUGUUCAGACAGCACAGAUGGAAGAUACGAUGAGCAGCACUACAACAUUAACAACACCUCAGAACCAAGUGGACACACUUAUGCAAGAAAUGGCAGACGAAGCAGGACUGGAUUUGAAUAUGGAACUUCCUCAAGGACAGACUGGCUCAGUGGGUUCAAGUGUUGCAUCAGCAGAACAGGAUGAACUCUCUCAAAGGUUGGCCCGCCUAAGAGAUCAAGUGUGAGAGACUGAAGAUGAUUGUUUGCACAAUGGUUCGAAUGUAUACGUAGUGGACAUUCAUUAAAGUGAUUCUAUUUGUAAUGCCCAGGUUACUUCUGUUGCUUCAUUGCAACAUACAACAUUUUUUCAUUCAAAACUACCAUACUUCAUUUUGUUGGUAUAUUUUUUCAUAUUUGUAAAUACCCACAACUGGCAUGCUAUAGCAGACAUUUUGCUAUAUCAUUUGGGUUAGAUCAUGAAACAGAAAGUCUAAAGUAACCAACAGAAUCCUGCAUAUACAACAAAGAGGUUUGUACGAUUUUCUGAGUGAACUCUAAUGCUGUAACCAUACACACAUUUUCACAAUACUAAGUCAGUUUAACCAUAAAAGCACGUUGACAAGCUGAGGACGUCAUUUUGUUGGGGAGAGGACAUAUGCCACAUCAAUUCAACCUUUCUUUCAUUAAAACUUUAAAUAUUAUUUAAAAGUAUACGAGGUUACCUUUUGUAAAAAUGCUAUAAUACUGACAGUUUGUAGAAACAAAAUCAAAAUGAUUAUCACAUUUAUAUGUACCUUUAAAUAUUGGUUACUUAUGACCAUUUGUUUGGUGGUGUUUUCAUGUGUUUGUUUUGGAUUCCUUUUUUUUUUUUAUUUUAUAGUAUUGUCUUAAUUUCCUUUGAAUUUGUAUAGAUGUUAUUGCUUAAAAAAUGGCCAUUCUCUGCAGAAUGAGCUUUGCCUUUAAAUUGAAAUGUUAUGAGAUUUAAAAUAAUUAAAACUUAUUUCAACACUGAA